CCCGUUUCGCACAGUUGUUUGAUUUACUGGCGUACCUAUUUGCUUAAUCGUAUUAUUCAAAUAUAUACCUAGUGCUAGUAGGUAAUAACAAUAAUAUUAAUAAUAAUUAGAGGUACUCGGUGAGUUUCGAAGGUAGUUUAUCGUGUGGCGAAUUCGCUUUUCGUGCGCGUUCUUCUGGUGUGUUUAUUACAAUAAUAUUACAUCCGAGUGUUAAUCGUGUUAUUUGAAGAAAAAAAAAUAUCCGAACGGCGGUAGUGAGCUAGAAAUUAGCACGUAGGUCGGUCGUGUGCAAAUUCUACUAAUCCAGUAGGCUGAUAACGCCGCUAGUCAGAUUCAUGUACACCUGUUUGGUUUAAUGUGGAAAAACAGCGGAAAAUGAGCUGGGGAACGGAAUUAUGGGACCAGUACGAUAAUUUAUCGUUUCACACUCAGAAAGGCAUCGAUUUCCUUGAGCGGUAUGGCCACUUCAUCCGGGACAGGUGUCUCAUCGAAAUGGAGUACGCCGGAAAGCUCAGGCGAUUGGUCAAAAAUUAUCAACCGAAAAAAAAAGACGAAGAAGAAUACCAGUACAGCACGUGUAAAGCAUUCAAGGCGAUGUUGUGCGAAGUGAACGAUUUGGCGGGACAGCACGAGGUGAUCGCCGAAAAUCUCCAAUCCGACGUGAUCCGAGAGAUAAAUUAUCUGGCCAAGGACAUCAAGGAAGAAAGAAAAAAGCUGCUCCAGGACAGCGCCAAGUAUGUGGCCAUGAUCAACAAUCAAGUGGCGUCGUUGGAGAGGUCGCGGAAGAACUACGAAAAAGCGUUCAAAGAGGCCGAAAGAGCUUUAGACAAUUUUCAGAGAGCCGACGCCGACCUGAACCUUUCUCGGGCCGAGGUCGAAAAACAAAGAAUGAACAUGGCGAUAAAAAAUCAACACUGCGAGGAGUCUAAAAACGAGUACGCCAACCAACUGCAGAAGACGAACGAGCUUCAAAGUCAACAUUACAAAGCGCUAAUGCCCGAAGUGUUCAGGCAGCUGCAAGAACUCGACGAAAAACGGAUCCGCAAUGUUCGACAUUUUAUGGCACAUUCGGCAGACGUGGAACGCAAUGUUUUCCCAAUUAUAAACAAGUGUUUAGACGGAAUCAUCAACGCGGCCUCUCACAUCAACGAAAAACAAGACACAGUUCUGGUGAUAGAAAGGUAUAAAUCUGGGUUUGAACCACCCGGAGAUUUCCCGUUCGACGAUCUGAGCCGCGGUGGCGAAUCCACUCCACUUGUCAUUUCGGGUGGGCACACGAUGCUGUCGCCGGGCAUUGGCGCCCACAGGGCGGAUUCGAUGACCGUCAAGGGCACCAUGUCGGCGGGCAAACUGAAAAAACGCGUGGGCCUGUUUGCCAUAUUUAGCUCCAACAAGCUUAUGGACGUAUGCAGCUCAGUUAAGAACAACCUUUCAUCUUCUGGUGAUAAGGACGACUAUAGUGAACUUCCCCCGAAUCAACGUCGAAAAAAAAUUCUUCAAAGACUGGACGAAAUACAAGCCAAGUUACAUCAAGAAAUAGCGGCCAAAGAUGGCUUGAUGAAAAUGAAAGGGGUUUACGAAUCGAACCCGGCUCUCGGAGACCCUAUGUCUACCGAAGGACAACUGAGCGAGUGUUCUCAGCGAAUCGAUAAAUUAAACGCGGACAUGGCCAAGUAUCAAGCGUUACUCCAAGAAGUCGAGUGUAACGGUGGCAGUCCGGCGGGCAGCCGUAAAUGCGAAUCGACAGAACAAAACGGAAUUGGAAACGGUAGCACCAAUAACCUUUCUAAUAAUCAUAAAUUGAAUGUGUCUAUACCGGACGGAAAGGCACCCUUGGGAGAAGACGAGUCGCUGAGUCGUUCGGCAUCGGAUUCUAGUGUUUCCACGCCGGCCGUAGGAUUAAAUAAUCGUUAUUCGGGUGAAACUGUUAGUUUGGGUGCGUCUCGGCACUCUUUGAUGAGCAACGAAGAUCCACCUUAUUAUGAUCUUCACGAUUUACCGCCACUGGGUACCUGUACUGCUCUCUACGCAUUCGAAGCUACGAGUGAGGGAUCGAUACCAAUGUUUGAUGGAGAGCAGUUACUCAUUAUCGAACAAGAUCAAGGGGACGGCUGGACUCGAGUGAGGCGGCAACCUCCCAAUGUGGAAGAAGGUUUUGUACCCACCUCCUACAUUUCCAUACACUCCAGCUGAACAAAGCUAAACUUUUCGGACACAUGUAGCACCCUUUGACCUUAGAAUUAGCCACUUACUGUAUAUACUAACUUUAAUUGUUCCCUCCCCCCCCCCUUUAGCAUAUAAGUAGCUUUUUUAAGGUUGUGAAAAGUGCCAAUUUUUAACAAAAUUUAUUUAAAUUUAGUCCGAGCUCAAGUUAUUUUUAUGUAGGUUAUUAAUGUUAUUAAAUUAUUAUUUUAUCUUCAAAAUAAUCAAAUUUUUCUAGUGUGCAAUUAUUAAACAAGUGAGCGGCAUAUUCACCUUGAAUUUCAUCAUCUUAAGUUUAUCCAUCUAUGACCGCCACAAACACUCUCAUAUUUUUCCAUCUUCGUUAAACGCAUUGAUAACUAGUUGGGGUUAUAAUAGAACCAUAAAAUAUAUUAAUAUUAUUUCAACCUGAAAGUGUUUCCGUCCACCAUUCUUUUUUUUUUUUUUUUAUUAUUAUUAUUAUUAUAAUUUAGUUAUUUAGAAUUGAUGAUGUUUUUUUUAUUUCAUUGAAAACACUGUUCUGUUUUUGUUUAUUUUUUUUUUGUUUUUUUAAUAACUAUACCUUUCUUCAAUCUAAAUAACAAAUAACAAUUUUCUUUAGAUACAGAAAUUACCAUUUGUCAAUUAAAAAUAAUAAUCAUUAGGUUGUAUGUUCUGUUUUAAAGCAAAUAACUAAUGUUGGAACUUGAUGAAAAGCCGGUUGUGUCUAUUUUUAUAUAUAUGUAUAAUAUAUAUUUAUAUAAUAUAUACAUUUAACAUAUACAAAGAAAAUAACUAUUACUAUUUUUCUUAUUACUAUAAUAUAAUUAUUAUUUCUUAUUUAUAUGUUAACAUUAAAUAUUACUAGAUGUGAAAGUGCAUAUGCAUAUGCAUUGUAAUAGCAAAGAGUACGCUUAAAAGUUAAAAUAAAUAGCGAACAAAAUUAACUGACUACCCUUUUAUAAACAAUAUUUUAUUUUUUGUUAUUAUAUUAUUAUUAUUUAUUGUGC